AGAGGGAGGGAGCGUGAGUGGUUAGUGUGUGAGUGUUCAUCAAUGCUGCAGGAUCUUACAGCACCGCAGCAUCUCUGCAGCCGGACGACACAACCACCAAAACAACAACAAGGGAAAACUGAAUGUGAGAGUGUACGGUGCAUAGUGUGUGUGAGUUGUGUGUGUGUGUGUGUGUGUGUGUGUGUGUGUGUGUGUGUGUGUGUGUGUGUGUGUGAGGUGUGUGUAUGAGAUUACAGUUUCAUCUGCUCUAUAAUCCAUCACCUGUUCCAUUUGGGGAACUUCUCCGACUACAACUUUUCACCACGCUGAUGAAAAGGAAGAGUGCUUCCAGUGCAAGUUAAGUGUGUGUGUGUGUGUGUGUGUGUGUGUGUGUGUGUGUGUGUGUGUGUGUGUGUGUGUGCCCUUAGAAUGCCUUUGGAUAUCAUCAUUGCAUCCACAUGGACUUAUGAAAUAUGAAAGACUAAAAUUUCUUACAAUAAGUGACAUUAUUAUUAGUUAUUAUUAUUUCUUUUCUGUUUUUAUAAAUAUUUCUUCUGACCAAAACACGGGGAGAAAACCUGCAGCCUGAUGUCACUUCUGUCAGGGGCAAAUUUCUGCAGCUUGUAGCUUCCAGUCAUCCGUGAAGCCUCAUACACUCACACAGACACAUAUACACAAGCACACACACACACACACACACACACACACACACACACACACACACACACACACACACACACACACUUCUUGCCUGCUUCCUCGUCAUGGCCGGAUGUAGCAGCCGCUGCAGACAGGGGGUUGUGAAGCUCUUCCAGUCCUUCCACAGACUCGUCUCAGGGACCCUAGCGAAAGAUAAAGUGGAUGAUGAGUUGGAGAUGACCAUGGUGUGUCAUCGGCCUGAAGGACUCGGUCAGCUUGAGGCACAAACAAAUUUCACCAAGCAGGAGCUGCAAGUCCUCUACCGUGGCUUUAAAAAUGAGUGUCCAAGUGGGGUAGUGAACGAGGAGACGUUUAAGCACAUCUACGCUCAGUUCUUCCCUCACGGAGAUGCCACCACGUAUGCGCACUACCUGUUUAAUGCAUUUGACACUACGAAUAAUGGCUCUAUAAAGUUUGAGGAGUUUGUGACGGGUCUGUCCAUUCUCCUGAGAGGAUCAGUCCAAGAGAAACUCGAGUGGACUUUUCAUCUUUACGACAUCAAUCGAGACGGAUUCAUCAAUAAAGAAGAGAUGACUGAGAUUGUGCAGGCCAUCUACGAUAUGAUGGGGAAGUACACGUGCCCUGCUCUGAAAGGAGACGUUCCCAAGCAGCAUGUGGAUUCAUUCUUCCAGAAAAUGGACAAGAACAAAGAUGGUGUUGUGACAUUGGAGGAGUUUAUCCUAGCAUGCCAAGAAGAUGAAACCAUGAUGAGAUCCAUGCAACUCUUCGAAAACGUGAUGUAAAAAAAACAUGCAAAGCACAACGAGAGCAAGUCAGAGCAUGUACGUGUGAAAGAGAAAAACACUGAAAUGACGGGAAAUUAAAUGUUUAUUUAUUACAUGCUUUCUAAAAUGUUUACAUGUGAGCAUAGCUUAUGUGUAUGAAUCAACACUCUGGCUCUCAAUACAAACUAACUGCAGGCUAACACUAUCACAGUGAGCAGACUAUUUAAAUAAUGUACUGUAUCAAACACUGAAUGACUGAUGAUGGACUUCCUCCUGUCCUGGGAAAAAGGAUAGCCAGCAUAUGAACCCCUGCUUUUCUUUGAUGCUCUUCUACAGUGGAACAUUUAAUUCUUAACUGCUCAGCCGCUUCCCGAUGCUUCUUCUGUUUUAUAAACUGCUGCAUAUCUACAAAAACAAACAAAAAAACAAAUACCCAGGAAUUUUCAAAGCCCUCAUUCAGGCUUUUGAAGUUCCGAGAGCUCCAUCUACCCGUGAAGGACUGGAACUGCAUCUAAAACACAUUGCUGAGAUUUUUGCAUGUUUUAACCUCCAGGUCCUUGAAUGUUGGCAGAUGUGAUAUAAUAUACAACCCGGAUGCGUUUAUUUAUGCAUUAAAUUGUUUAAUAUUUUAUUUAUUGCAUUUUAAAUCUGUAAAAAAAAAUGUUUGCCUGUCUUGCCUUGUGGUGUUUUUAUGGUGUUGUGUUGCUUAAUCCUGUUUGUCUAUAGUUUGUCCUAUGUUUCUGUCCAUUAUCUCUCUCUCUCUCUCUCUCUCUCUCUGUUUCUCUCUCUCUCUCUCUCUCUCUCUCUCUCUCUCUCUCUCUCUCUCUGUGUGUGUGUGUGUGUGUGUGUGUGUGUGUGCUUUCAACUAGUGACAAUCCAGCUCAGUAUUUUUUUUCCAUUCAUUUUCUUAUUAUAUAAAAGAAAAUGUGCAUCCUAAAUAUUUUUAAUUCUUAUGUAUAAAAUCAAACAAGAAAGGGAUAAAAGCCACACAUUGAGAUAUAAAGUGAGACAGAAAGAUCUGAAAAUCCUUCUGAUGCUUUAUGAUGCUCCGUCUUACUCGGAUAUUGCAAUUAAAACAAAAAAGUGAACGUCUU